AUGAUCGUGACAGACGGUGAUGUGAACAUGACGGCUCCGGUGGACUACCCGAUCUCGCUGAAUGGCUUCGUGAGCAGGAGCAUGACUGUGUUGCUUCUCGGUAUCACCAUCAACUACAUCAAUGCCACCAUGGUGCACACUUUCAGCAAACAUUACAUCUUUAAGACAAAUCCUCGUUACAUCCUUUUCAUUCAUCUUGUACUGAACGACAUGAUCCAGCUGACAGUCGCCGUCUCCCUCUUCCUCCUGGCCUACAUCUUCAACACCAUAUACGUGCUCUUCUGUGCUCUCCUUAUCGUGCCAGCUGUGCUCACCGCACAAAACACACCUCUCAAUCUCCUUUUCAUGGCGGUUGAGUGCUACAUCUCCGUCUGCAUCCCCCUGCGUUAUAACCAAUUAUGUACAGUAAAGCGGACAUACGCAGUCAUCGGCACGAUCUGGGCAGUAACCUUUCUUUCUGUCCUGCCGGACAUGAUCGUCCUGUUGACCACCGAGUCUCAGCAGUUCCUCUUCAGCCUGGUGUUCUGUCACAGGGACACAGUGUUCAGGAGCAGCUACAUUAGAAAUAAGAGGGAUGGCACUCACAUUGCAUUCCUUGUGAUAGUUUGGCUCACUCUCUACUACACAUUCUUCAGAAUUCUGUUUGUGGCCAAAACUGCAGAUGCGAAUGCAAACAAGGCGAGAAACACCAUCCUGCUUCACGGUUUCCAGGUGUUGCUGUGCAUGAUUGUCUAUGUGCAGCCUAUGUUCACUCAAUUCUUGUUAUCUCUCUUCCCUGGACAAUCAGGAUUCGUUUUUUUUACUGUUUUUGUCAUCAGUCAAAUCCUUCCUCGAUUUUCAAACCCCAUCGUGUACGGGCUGCGGGAUACAACUUUCAGGAAGUACUUCAAAAGAUAUCUCAGCUGUGGGGUCACGAGGGUGACCACCUCCAGAAAGACAAAAAGUGGGACACCUGGCAUGUUUUGGAGGGACAAGCCAACAGGGGGACCGGACUCUCUUUGUUCCUCCACGUGGACCUCUCCAAGAGCCAAGGUUCUUCUGGAUGCAGAGAACCCGACCGAGAUCUCCCUACCGAAAUCACCGUAUUUCGCUGAGUGCAACACAGGCUGCCCGCAGCCGCGCCAAGCUCCGACCACACGCCUGGUGGCCAAACACUCCCCUCUUCAGAACACCGUAGGGGGUGCUGUGCCUGAGACGCGCUUUCAUCCGGGUGGGAGGGGGGGUGGCGGUGGAGACACGAGCGUGGAGUGUGGCACGGGCGCCCUCAUCCAACGGGGAUACCAGCGGCGCACCAACGGCGCACCAGACAACUUUACCGGGAUUGUUUUUGGUCAUCGUGAGAAAUACAAUAUGUGGCGUGACUGCGUGACAACAGACUGGGUGCUGCAGCCCCCCCAGCACCCCUACUUCCCGCGGUAA